GAGCGCGCGAUAAAAGCGCGGGUAUGCGCGGGUAUCCGUCUUCAGUUUCAGAAGAAGCCGUGUGCGAUACUUGUUGCUUCAGGACGAUUUUUCGCGCGAAGACCACAGCGCAACAACCGUAUUUCUCUACGCGAGACUGUUUAUCGGAUUUAUUAGCGCGAGGGUGAAAGAGCAGUUCCACACGAUGUUUGAGGCACGUCUAGUACAGAGCGCGAUCCUGAAGAAGGUUUUGGACGCGGUGAAGGAUCUCCUGACCGAGGCAACUUUCGAAUGCUCGGACUCGGGUAUUCAAGUCCAGGCGAUGGACAAUGCGCACGUUUCCCUGGUCUCGUUGAAUCUUAGGAGCGAUGGUUUCGACAAGUACCGCUGCGAUCGAAAUCUGUCGAUGGGGAUGAGCAUCAGUUGCAUGUCAAAGAUCUUACGAUGCGCUGGUGGGGAGGACACGGUGACCCUCAGAGCAUUGGACAACCCCGAGUCCAUCGUUUUUAUAUUCGAAUCACCGAACAAGGACAAGCUGGCUGAAUACGAAAUGAAAUUGAUCAAUAUGGAUCAGGAACACUUGGGCAUACCUGAGACCUCAUACUCGUGCGUCGUGAAAAUGCCGACCGCAGAAUUCACCCGCAUAUGCAGAGACUUGAGCCAAUUUGGAGAAUCUAUAACUUUCGCGUGUAGCAAGGAGGGUAUCAAAUUCAGCGCGUCUGGCGAUUAUGGUUCAGCCAAUGUUAAAUUAGCGCAGACCGCAGACGCGGAUAAAGAAGAAGAAGCGGUAAUAAUUGAUAUGCAGGAACCAGUGAAGUUAACGUUCUCCUGCCGUUAUUUGAAUUGCUUUGUAAAAGCUGGUCCUCUUUGCAAUCAAGUUCAACUGUCUAUGUCCGACGAUGUGCCUCUAGUAUGUGAAUACAAGAUCGGCGAUAUUGGACACAUUAGGUAUUACCUGGCGCCCAAGAUCGACGACGAUGAAGAAAAUUAAAAUAAAGAUAUAGAAAUAGAACUCUCGUAUACAGUGAAAGGUAAUUCACGCUACCGUUGUUUUGGAAAAUCUUGUCCUGUUAGCGUUCGACAGCGUCAUAUUUAUUUGAAAUGAUUAAUCGGCUUGAUAAAUUCCAAGGAGAUGAUACCAUACAUGUGUUUUACUAAUCGAGAAAAUUAAGUAUUCCGUUAUUUGAUACAUUGAGGUACAAGUAAGGCGAAGUUAAAAGUACUUUUAAGGUAAUAUAUUAUUUUAAUUUUACAUUUAAAAGUUAUUUGGCUCGUCACAGUGCUAGCGCAAUGCAGAAUUGACACUAAAAUUUAUAGUAGAGUGACACAAUGAUUAGUAUAGCAAAAUGGUGUCAUCCUCUUAAUUAAUAUUCACAUUAUUAAUGUUCCGGAGACUGUGACAGUAUUUUGAUAAUAUCGCAUCAUUCUUUUUUUUAUAUGUAAGAAGAACUCAAUAUAUUUUCAAAAAAUUUGAUAAA